UCAUGUCUUCUCUGGUCGAAGUAAUAGCAAAACAGGCACAGGCAACGUUUUCUAAAAGUAUUACAGAAGAAACAUUCGUUGAAAGUUUCAAUAAACUUGUCAGAAGUGUAAGUAGAAUUCGUGCUGCAGAUUUACAUGUAAAUAAGGAUGCGAUACGGACAGCCAAUAGCGGAAAUUCAUCGAACUCGAUCGCGCCAGUUACUUACAUAGAAGUGGCAGAAAAUCAAACAUUUUCAAUGGGUAUAUUUCUUUUGAGAAGUGGAGCGCGAAUACCCCUUCAUGACCAUCCUGGAAUGCACGGUGUGUUGAAAGUAAUUCAAGGCACUGUUAAAAUUACCUCAUAUAGUGCGUUAUCUAUGACUCCUGCUGAUAGUAAAUUACCUCAAGAUAUCAAUAACAAAGUUAAAGGCUGUAAAAAUGUAUUGGUUCCUGUUGAGAAACAUUUGUGUGGAAGUGUAACUGAUAGAGAUGAGCCAUGUGUUUUGCGGCCGAAGGAAGGAAAUUACCACGAAAUUUGCGCCGUUGGGGGAACAGCGGCAUUUUUGGAUAUAUUAGCUCCUCCGUACGACAUGAAAGAAAGAGACUGUCAUUACUAUACUCCUCUAGAAACUACCAAACCUGAUUCGGAAGUGAAGACUUGGUUACUGAGAACGUCGCCUCCUUCUGACUUUUGGUGUAACGCUGCACCCUACACUGGACCAACAGUUUCUCUGUGAUGCGUUGAUGUAUCUAAAAUUGCACUCUGAAUUAUUUUGUAUAAAUGAAUUCAAGUUUACAUGUGCGAAUUUUGUGACGCUUGACACUUUCCUAACUUGAUUAGUUACGAAAUUAAGAGAGUUUAAUCGAGUUUCAUGAGAAGCAGCCUUGGUUGGUAUGUAAUGAUUACCUUUUAAAAAAGUAAGAAAUGACUUCAGUUGAUAUGCUCUAAGAAUAACUAGAGUCUUACAGAAACAAUGCAUAAACUUCAGUAUUGUUUAAUAGUGCUUUAAAUUCACCUUGGUUAUUAGUACAAGAUAUGCAACUCAGGUGUAAAAGUGACAUUUUUAAGUACUUUUUCUUCCCGGUUAAUUUAUGUAAUGCUUUGGUUAACUUUGUUAUAAAUUUUAAGACUUAUUUAGAUUGCUGUGAUUUUAAGAAAUUUGAUUUUUAAUAACAAUAAUCCAAAAGAAGAAAUUUAAAAUUGAAUUGCUUAUAUUUUAUAUAUUUUUCAUCUUAUGAUGGACAUCUGUACAUACAUUAUGUAAAAAUUGACACCAUAAAUAAAUUUUAUUA